AUGCCGUGCAAGGAGUGGAGUCUGAGUUGUUUGAAGAGUCAAUUCGACACUCUCCCGGGAUGGGGUAAAGCUGCGGUUGGAGUGGCGGCAGGCCUUGUGCUCUACAUUCCUUACAAAUACCUCACGACUCGACCCCGAAAAAGCCCAUAUAAAGAGGAUUAUAAGCCAGGCGUGGUCUACUUGUAUCAAUUCUAUCGAACUUCAGCCACUCCAAACGUUUCAAAUUAUUGCCUCAAACUUGAGACAUGGCUCAGAAUGGCGGAUAUACAUUACGAGAUCGUGCCCGCCCCAAUCUUUCUCCGGUCAAAAGAAGGUACAAUGCCAUUCGUCGAAUUGGACGGAAUCGAAUAUUAUGAUUCAGCGUUCACUAUUUCCAAUCUGACGUCAGCCCUCAACAAGAGUAGCCUCGAGGAUCAUCUCACCGACGAGCAGAAAGCCGUUUCGAGGGCCUUCGAGAAAAUGACUGAGAACUCCUUCAACAUCUCCCACAUUCCGCUACGAUUGGAGCAUAUUGGAGAGAUUAUCGCCACUUUGCCAAAUAUUUUCGGUUUUUUGCGUCCACUCGUCGGUGUGAUCGCCUCGAGAGAUGUGUCGACCAGGUACAAAGCCGUCCUCGCCGCCUCCGCCUAUGGAAAGCACACAAGAGAAGAAACGAUCAUAAUCGGAUGCGAUGACUUGAAAGCGAUCUCGACCUAUCUCGGAAACAAGCAUUUCUUCACCGGAUUCAAGCCGACAAGGAUUGACGCAUGUUUGUUCGGUUUCUUGUCGCAAAUCGUCUACGCUCCCUAUCCAAACGAGCACACGAAAUACAUUCAAGAAAACGCUCACAAUUUGAUCGACUAUGUGAAUCGAAUCAAAGCAAGAUUCUGGCCUGAUUGGGAGGAAUGCACAAAGAAUUUCUCGACAACAACCAAAAAACCCGUCGAACCGGUGAUCCUUGACGAGAAAUCGAAAUACACUCUUUAUGAAGAAGCUGAUGAAGAAACGACAACGCACAAGGAUAGUGAUUAUGAUGGAAUCCCGGAUUUCGACGAGGGUCUAUACACGAAUGUUUUCCAAGGCGCUGGCGGAAGUCUCUUCACGAAUCAAUCCAAAUUCUCGUGUCCGAAGAUUAAACCCGAUUUGCAUACCGGUGACACAAUAGCCACCCUUUCGCCCGAGGACAUUGAGAUCAUUGCGGCGAUGGGUGGAUCCAUUGCAGCUGGUCGCGGUCUCUGGGAUCCUCCGCAAAUCGAAUUCCGGGGCGCUUCGUUCGCGAUUGGUGGAGACGCGAGUAUCGAUGGAUUAUUGACGAUACCAAAUAUUCUCCUCCAAUUCAACGGCCAUCUCCAGGGUUUCAACGUGGCUGAGAGUGGAGCGAUGACUGAAGAUCUUCCACAACAGGCUCACGAGGUGGUGGGACGUCUUCGCGGACAAAUGCCUCUAUCAGUUCUCUCGAAGCGCUGGGUUUUGUUGAUCAUACAAAUUGGCACCGAAGAGAUGUGUUCCUGCCAUCAACCGUCGAUGUCAGCCAUGCGACAUACUCUGGGGAUUUUAAGAAAAGGAAUCCCGCGCUGUCUUGUGGUGAUCGUCGGCCCAAUUCACAUCGCCUCCUCCUACUCGCAGAACGUCAAUAUUCUUAAGGGAGACGCUUGCAAAUGCCUGAACACGAUCACCAAAAGCGAGUACGUAAGUUUGGUGAAAGAGUGGCACGAUCUCUUUCACACUGUCCAGGAUGAGAUAAACAACCUAAAAUAUCCGACUUUCGGCGUAUUGGCGAUGACUCAACUGAAUAUCCAUUCAAGGGAUCCGAAAUCGUUGAUCGUCGAAGGGUUGCCGCUAUUGAAUCGAAAAGGCCACACUUAUGCUGCGCAAUAUGUCUGGAAUCGUUUAAUGAUGGGCCCAAAAUUCGACGUCUCCGAGGCGGUUUUCUCAAGAGAUGGAUACUAUUGCCCGUCAAUUGGAUGUCCAUAUUUUCGAACACCGCUCAAUUUCAACAGUUGCACGAUCACCACCGAGUUCGAGUUUCAACAGUUUUUGGCCGCUCUACCAGCACCGGUCACAAUGCGACCGACGAGAGUGGAAGCCAUGCAGAAACACCUCGGCACAAUCAUCAUCGUCGUCGUGUUGCUUUGCUUUUUGUCUGUCACAACCCUCGGCACAGUCUUCUAUUGCCACGGUCUCAAAGCAACAAAGGGACGUUUCGAGAGUGUUCAAGGAGUA